UUGACUUUUGUGUACCUUCCAGAGAUUUACGCUAGAAAGUGCUUUUUGAUAAUGUGGAUCUAAUAAAUAUAAACCACAAAUAUGACUGAAGAACAAGAUGCUAAAGACUCUCAAUCGGAUUCUGGUAGUAAGACGUUUUCGAGUAAAAAUAAGGACAAAAAGGGAAAAACGCUUCGACCACUCACUAAGAUAAUAGUUCGGCGUUUGCCGCCUACUAUGACAGAGGAGGCGUUUCUUGAGCAAGUGUCGCCAAUUCCUGAACAUGAUCAUUUUUACUUUGCUAAACCAGAUCUAUCCCUUGGCAAUAAUGUUUACGCUCGAGCUUACAUAAACUUCGUGAACGUUGAUGAUAUUUACCUAUUCAGAGACAAGUUUGAUGGAUAUGUUUUCGUGGACGAAAAAGGUGUUGAGUAUGUGGGCAUAGUAGAAUAUGCUCCAUUUCAAAGAAUAAUCAAGAAAAAGAAGAAGAAAGACCCAAAAUGUGGUACUAUUGAAAGUGAUCCAGUAUAUCAAGAGUUCAUAGAGAACUUAAACAAAGAACAAGAACCUGAGAAUCAGCCAAAACUUGAGUAUUCAUAUCCUGUUAAUGAUACGAGUGACAAAAAAAUUCAAACAACACCUUUAUUGGAAUAUCUCGCCUCUCGUAAACUUGACAAACGCGGUCGGGACGAGCGUAGGAGACGAGAAAAUGACAAAAGAAAGAUGAGGAUUGAGAGGAAAACUAAGGACAUCAAGGAGGAAGAGUUUGGAGACACUGACUUCAAGAAAAUCAAACCUCGGGACUGGGAAAAAGAUAAAAUUGAUGAAGAUAGUGAAAUAAUCACUGACAGUAAGGAUGGACUAAUUUUUGAAUCUAAAACAUACAAAGAGCGUAAAAAUAAUCUCGGUUAUAUCGGCGAUAAGAAAAAGAGAGAUGAAGAAGUGAUCGAAGAUAAGAAGGAUAGAAGAGAUAGAGACAAAGCUAAAGAAAUUCCCCGCGAGGCGAAAAGUAAGAAGUAUAGUGACACCAGAAAGGAAAGAUUCCAAAAAAUCGAGCCUAAUAAACCAGUCAGUAAAAUAGUAUCUACAGAUGUAAAACCGAAAUUGAAUCAUGAUGAUAUAAAACCUUUUACACAACUACCACAAGUUAAAACAGACAACCUGUCUAAAUUCUUAGACACAAAAGAUAGAAAGCCCAAGGUGCAGGAAGUACAAGACAAAGGGAAAGAGGAUGAUGAUGAUGAUGAUGAAGAAAAUCAUAGUGACGAUUUACCUAAUGGCCCUAAAAUGAGGAGAAACAGUUUAGACUUUGGAGAAUUUUCUGUUAAAGAUACAUCCCUAUUCAAAAAGCAAGCUUCACUCGAAGACAGGAGUAAAUCUACAGACAGGGAGGAUGAUGACAAAGAAAAAAGCGAAAGCGGAGAUCGUCGCUCCCUCAGGAGAACAAGAAAUAAAGAUCGCCCCAGCCUGCCGAUAUAUCAGCCGGGCAUGGGUAAGUUCAGUAAACAACGUCUGGCAAAAGAGAAGGAACCCGGUACAAAAGUGAACGAUGGCGAGAAAAAAGACACUUGAGACGGACACAGCGUAUUGGACAUUCAACUGACAUCCAGAGAUGGCAUUCAAACUUAGCCGGUAAAGGGAGAUGCCACUGGGACGCGCUCGACUGAACAUUAUUUUUACGUGAAUGCCUUGACGUUUGGUUUUUUAUAAUUAAUGCGGCAUAUAAUAUUUAAUUUGUGACCGACUUACAGUUUUGUUU